AUGGAAGACGACCGCGCGCCACCAGCAGCAGAAGCCCCAGCCAAGGAGUCUUCCUCCUCAAGCGCAUGCAAAGACGUUCCCAAUCUCCUCUCCUCCUUCGUCGAUACCUUCGUCGACUUUUCCGUCAGUGGCGGCCUCUUCCUCUUGCCUCAAAAUGACCAAAAUGCCCUCCCUCACCACCUCCGCAACCCCGGCGACAAUCCUCUUCCCUCGCCCCCGCCGUUGCAGACCUAUUAUCCCCCGCAGGACCGCUUGAUUGCCAUAGGCGAUCUCCACGGAGACUUGGAAAAGACCAAGGAAUCGCUGAGACUCGCUAAAUUGAUCGACCCGGAGUCAGGUAAAUGGGUCGGAGGGUCGUCCACCUUGGUCCAGAUUGGCGACGUGUUUGACCGUGGCGGCGAAGAGCUCAAAAUCCUUUAUUAUCUCGAGAAAUUGAGACGAGAAGCCGCGAGAUGCGGCGGCACGGUGAUUACAAUGCACGGGAACCACGAGAUCAUGAACGUCGAAGGAGAUUUCAGGUUUGCGACUCACAAGGGUUUGGAUGAGUUUAGGGGUUGGGCCGAUUGGUAUUGCAUUGGGAACCGAAUGAAAUCGCUUUGUAAAGGCUUGGAAGAUCCCAAAGAUCCCUUUGAUGGGGUCCCUCUAGGGUUUAAGAAUGUCAAGGAAGAGUUUGUAGAUGGGUUUAGGGCUAGAAUUGCAGCACUGAGGCCAAAUGGUCCCAUUUCGUCCCGGUUCUUGGCCAAGAACUUGACUGUAUUGGUUGUUGGAGAUUCGGUUUUCGUCCAUGGCGGGCUUUUGGCCGCACACGUUUCUUAUGGCCUGGAGAAGAUCAAUGCGGAGGUGAGGGAUUGGGUUUAUGGAUUGAAGGGCGGAUCUGCACCCGAUUAUUGUCAUGGGAGGAAUGCCGUGGUUUGGUUGAGGAAUUUUUCGCAUGAAUUUGCGGAGAAGUGUGAUUGUUCAGCUCUUGAACAUGUUUUAUCUACAAUUCCUGGCGCUAAGAGGAUGAUUAUGGGUCAUACCAUUCAAGAGUUCGGGAUUAAUGGCGUUUGUGAAGAGAGAGCAAUUCGGAUUGAUGUUGGUAUGUCGAAGGGGUGUAUUAAUGGGUUGCCUGAAGUUUUGGAGAUCAAAGGGAAUUCAGGUAUGAGGAUCUUGACCUCAAAUCCAUUGUACGAGAAGAAGAAGUAUAGAUCUUCUGUGGAAAGUGAGAGGAGGCCAGGGCCUGGAUUUUUGCCUCAAGAGCAUGGACCAAAACAAGUGGAAGUGAAGGCUUAA